UAUUAUCAUAUAGAAAUGUGAAUCGAGAUGCAUCUGGAUGAGAGUUUGGCUUUCUUUUGGCAAAAGCUGGAUUGUUUUCAGCAAACUAGCAAUCUGUGGAGAUGGCUGAUCUGUCCCACCUUGAUUGAUAGCGAUAUAGCCACUCUCAUUUCAAUGCGGCACAUUGAUACCAUCAUUCCAAUCUUCUAUCGUCCGUGCUAAAUACCAUGAAAUUAAGUAGCUAAGGUCUAGUGGACCUAUUUAAACAAGGAUAUGCUGAUCCUUCUCUGUCGACUUUUCCACUAUCAACCCCAAAAACCCAACUCUGCCUUACGUAAAGGAAAUUAGUACGAUUCACUUCUGGAUUUGAAAUCACUGCUUAUACCAGGUAUUGGGCAUACAAGAACAUUCUGUAGUAUUAGUAAGAGGAGGAAGGGUUAAGUAUCUUUGAACUCGGUGUGAGAUAUCGCAUUAUUCGAGCUGGAUGCAGUCGCAGUAAAGAAUCAUCAACAAGGGCGUUCUAGUGCGUUGUAGAUUCUUAUCCAAGACUUGUAUCAUUUGAUGAUGCCAUGUGAAUCAAGCAACAGGAGAAGGACCCAAUAACGAAAGUUUCGUAAAGGGACUAGAGCAGACUACCAUGAGACAAAAGAUCUUCUUUCUAAAGAGAUUCGAUUCGGAACUCUUAUAUGUCCAAGGUCAAUAUGGAAAUUCUUUCAGAGGUUUUCCCUUACUUUGUCCGUGUCAACAAACAAUUCGAAAUACCUCGACUUUUUCAGAACAGGUCCGAGUCAAAUAGCAAUGAUUCGAAGCACUUCUUUUUCCAUUACACUAUUUCGGAAACCUAAGGACUCGAUCGUAUGGAUAUGGAAAAUACAGGAUUUCCGAUCCUAGCGGGAAAAGGAGGGAAACGGAUACUCAAUUUAAAGUGAGUAAACAGAAUUCCAUACUCGAUCUCAUAGAUCCCUAUAGAAUUCUGUGGAAAGCCGUAUUCGAUGAAAGUCGUAUGUACGGCUUGGAGGGAGAUCUUUCCUAUCUUUCGAGAUCCACCCUACAAUAUGGGGUCAAAAAGCCAAAAAAAUAAGUGAUUUUAGCCCUUAUAAAAAGAAAACGGAUUCUUGAACCUCUUUCACGCUCAUGUCACGUCGAGGUACUGCAGAAAAAAGAACUGCAAAAUCCGAUCCAAUUUUUCGUAAUCGAUUAGUUAACAUGGUGGUUAACCGUAUUAUGAAAGACGGAAAAAAAUCAUUGGCUUAUCAAAUUCUCUAUCGAGCCGUGAAAAAGAUUCAACAAAAGACAGAAACAAAUCCACUAUUGGUUUUACGUCAAGCAAUACGUAGAGUAACUCCCAAUAUAGGAGUAAAAACAAGACGUAAUAAAAAAGGAUCGACGCGGAAAGUUCCGAUUGAAAUAGGAUCUAAACAAGGAAGAGCACUUGCCAUUCGUUGGUUAUUAGAAGCAUCCCAAAAGCGUCCGGGUCGAAAUAUGGCUUUCAAAUUAAGUUCCGAAUUAGUAGAUGCUGCCAAAGGGAGUGGGGGUGCCAUACGCAAAAAGGAAGCGACUCAUAGAAUGGCAGAGGCAAAUAGAGCUCUUGCACAUUUUCGUUAAUCCAUGAACAGAAUCUAUGUAUGUAGACACAUGGAUCCGUACAUCUCGAUCGGAAAAGAAUCAAUAGAAGGAGAAUCGGACGAUAUCUUUCUCGAAACAAACAAAAAGGAAAAGAAAGAGAAAACAGAAAUCAUGAUCAACUAAGCCCUCUCGAGGGCUUGCUUAAGAAUAAGAAAGAAGAAUCUUAUGGAAAUAGCAUGGAAUAAGGUUUGAUCCUAUUCAUGGGGAUUCCGUAAAUAUCCCAUUUCAAAAAUCGAAACAAUCGGGACUUUUCGGAGAUUGGAUGCAGUUACUAAUUCAUGAUCUGGCAUGUACAGAAUGAAAACUUCAUUCUCGAUUCUACGAGAAUUUUUAUGAAAGCGUUUCAUUUGCUUCUCUUCAAUGGAAGUUUCAUUUUCCCAGAAUGUAUCCUAAUUUUUGGCCUAAUUCUUCUUCUGAUGAUCGAUUCAACCUCUGAUCAAAAAGAUAGACCUUGGUUCUAUUUCAUCUCUUCAACAAGUUUAGUAAUAAGCAUAACGGCCCUAUUGUUCCGAUGGAGAGAAGAACCUAUAAUUAGCUUUUCGGGAAAUUUCCAAACGAACAAUUUCAACGAAAUCUUUCAAUUUCUCAUUUUAUUAUGUUCAACUUUAUGUAUUCCUCUAUCCGUAGAGUACAUUGAAUGUACAGAAAUGGCUAUAACAGAGUUUCUGUUAUUCGUAUUAACAGCUACUCUAGGGGGAAUGUUUUUAUGUGGUGCUAACGAUUUAAUAACUAUCUUUGUAGCUCCAGAAUGUUUCAGUUUAUGUUCCUA